GACCGGAUAAGACUUCCAGGGAUCUACAGUUUCCAAAUCAAACCGUGGGCGUAUUUUUCCUUCACUCUUGCUUCGAUUUUUUUUUUCUUCUGGGUGUUGUCUGUGCGUUUAACAUCUCCGAAGUUUUACUGGGGUGUUGCUCCUGACCAGACACGGACAGUCAGAUAGUUCGUUCUAUGUAGAAUUUUUAUAAAUCACUUCGGAGUUAUUAUCUCUCUUUUCGCUGCACUUUCAGGCAGCACAAGCAGACUGCUUUAAUUUAGCUGCUGUUAGCUUGACCAGCUAACUGGGAUCAAUGCAGGCCAUUAAGUGUGUGGUGGUGGGAGACGGGGCUGUGGGUAAAACAUGUCUGCUCAUCAGCUACACCACCAACGCCUUCCCAGGAGAAUACAUCCCCACAGUAUUUGACAACUACUCUGCUAACGUGAUGGUGGACGGGAAACCAGUGAACCUGGGUCUGUGGGACACAGCAGGACAGGAGGACUACGACCGGCUGAGGCCGCUGUCCUACCCUCAGACAGACGUUUUUCUUAUUUGCUUCUCACUCGUCAGUCCAGCUUCCUUUGAAAACGUCCGGGCCAAGUGGUAUCCAGAGGUCAGACACCACUGCCCCAAGACGCCAAUCAUCCUGGUGGGCACCAAGUUGGACCUGAGGGAUGACAAGGACACCAUUGAAAAGCUGAAGGAGAAGAAACUCUCUCCCAUCAUUUAUCCACAGGGCUUGGCCAUGGCUAAGGAAAUAAGUGCAGUGAAGUACCUGGAGUGCUCUGCUCUGACGCAGCGCGGCCUUAAGACGGUGUUCGAUGAAGCCAUCAGGGCGGUCCUGUGCCCCCAGCCCACCAAGAAGCCCAGGAGGAGGAAGUGCACUGACGUGUUUCUGCUUUGCUUUUCUGUUGUUGGUCCAUCUUCCUUCGAGAAUGUUCGUGCCAAGUGGUUUCAAGAGCUGAGAAGUCACCGCCCUAUGACCCCAAUUAUCCUGGUGGGUACCAAGGUGGACCUGAGGAACGACAGUGAGACCAUUGAAGCUCUGGAGGAGAAGAAACGGACUCCAAUCACCACUGUGCAGGGCUUUGCCAUGGCUGAUGAAAUCGGAAAGGAAUGUUUUUCAUUGUAGAUCCAAAACUUUCA